AUGGGCAUCAUCGGCAUGGCGCCCGAGAGAUCCAUGACGGCGCGCAGCGACGCAUCCGAGCGUGGCUUUGGAUUAUGGGCGAUCGUGGUGGCGUCAAAAGCUUACUUGUGUGAGCUUCCUUGGACCUUGGGUGUGAUGGAUGGCGAUUUUUUUUCCUGUUUUUCCUCGCUGCCUGCCACACCGGCCGGCAUCGCGAGCCCUAACUGCCAGCUUCGUGGCACCGCCUUCGCCCUCGGAUCCUCGCAUCCGAGGGCCAUGGUUGCGAGUGUUCUUCCCAUGUGCCGGGGUAGUAGUAGUAUGGUGCUAGGAUGGAAGGUCAUCGCUGUCCUCUCGUUUGUUCUUCCUCUCGCCAGUCCAGUGCCCGAGAAUGUGACAAUUGGGACGCUGUUCGCCUUCCGGACGAGGAUUGGACGGGCUGCCAGGGCCGCGAUCGAGCUCGCGGUGGACCGCGACGACGCGGUGCUCAAUGGAACCCGGCUGCUCGUCCAGUUCUCCGAUGGCAAUUGCAACGCUGUCCAAGGAGCUGCCGCAGCGGUGGAGCUGAUCAAGCGGCACAAAGUCGUGACCAUCGCCGGCCCCCAGACCUCGGAGGUGGCGAACUUCGUAGCACACAUGGGACGAGUGACGCGCGUCCCGGUCGUCUCCUUCUCGGCCACCGAUCCCACGCUGUCCGAGGCGCAGUACCCCUUCUUCCUCUGCCUGGCUCUCAGCGACCGCAUCCAGAUGGAGGCCAUCGCCGGCUUCGUCAAGCUCUUCGAGUGGAAGGAGGUGGCGGCCUUCUACUCGGACGACAGCUUCGGCACCAGCGGCGUCAUGGAGCUCCACGACGAGCUCGGCAAGUCGGGCUGCCGGGUGUUCGUCGUCCACGCCGACACCGGCGUCGGGAGGACGCUGCUCAUCCAGGCUUACAACCUCCGGAUGCUCAUGCCCGGCUACGUGUGGAUCGUCACCGAGGCGCUCGCCAGCGUCCUCGACACCAUCUACGACGACGACGAGUUCGUGGCGGCGUCGCAGGGAGCCGUGGGAACCCGGAGCUACGUCCCUCGCUCGCCGCAGCUCGACAAGUUCUACGAAAGGUGGCGAAGCGCGAACCCGGCCACCAGCGUGAACGUCUACGGCCUCUACGCGUAUGACACCAUCUGGACGAUCGCGUACGCGAUGGACAGGCUCUUGUCGUCCACGAAUGCAAGCCGGAGCUUCGAGUUUCGACGUCGGCAUGGCGACUCGGACCUUGCCAGCCUGCCGGUUCUAAAGUCCGGAGCUCGGAUCCUCAAGGAGCUCGCAAAGACGAGCUUCGAUGGAGCCAGCGGAAGGGUGGAGCUGACGAGCCGCGGGGAGCGCAAAGGCUCGGAUCUGGAGAUUGUCAACAUGAACGGGAAGGGAGUUCGGGUGGUCGGCUACUGGAACCGGGCGAGGAGCUUCAAUGUGGAUCCUUCCUCGGACAGCCAGGAGCUGGAAUGGUUUAGCCAGAUGGAGCGGUGCCUCAACCGGAUCGUGUGGCCGGGUGGCAGCUUGAACGUUCCGCGAGGAUUGAUGAUCCCGAAAUCCGGAAGGGAGCUCGUCAUCGGCGUCCCGCUCAAGCAGGGAUACAAGGAGUUCGUGGACUCCAUCGCCGAGAGUGGCAGUGUGAGUAGCUUCCAUGGCUUUUGCAUCGACGUGUUCAAGGCCGCGCUCUACACGUUCGUGGGAUUUGGCGUUGGGAAUUCCACUCCCAGCUAUGACGAGCUCGUCGAGAAAGUCGCGAACAAGAAGUAUGAUGCUGCUGUGGGAGACAUCACUAUAACCACUAUAACUCACAAGCGAGCGAAGAUUGUGGAUUUCACGCAGCCUUACACGACGUCGGGCCUGGUGCUCGUCGUGCCGGUGACCGAGUUUCGUCCGCAUCACGCGUGGGCUUUCCUCCAGCCCUUCUCGACUGCUCUGUGGUGCACAACUCUGGCCUUUUUCCUGUUCACUGGAGCUGUCGUCUGGGUCCUGGAACACGACAAAAAUCGCGACUUUGGAGGCCGUCCGAAGAAGCAGGCUGUCACCACCUUCUGGUUCACAUUCUCGACUCUCUUCUUCGCGCAGCGUGAAAGUGUGAAGAGCAUUUUGGGAAGGAUAGUGGUCAUUAUCUGGCUCUUCGUGGUGCUUAUUCUUACCUCCAGCUACACGGCGAGCUUGACAUCGAUUCUCACUGUUCGUAAGCUCAGGCCAUCAAUCCAGGGCCUGUCCCGGCUGGUCGGGAGUAAAGUCCGGAUUGGAUAUCAACAGGGAUCUUUCGUGAAGGACUAUCUCUUCCAGCUUAACGUGGACAACGAUAGACUGGUGCCUCUCCCCUCCAUUUCCACGUACUCGUCGGCUCUGGCCGCCAAAGAAGUUGGAGCGGUCGUGGACGAGCUCCCAUACAUGCAGCCCUUGCUUUCGUCCGAUUGUAAGUUUGCACUGUCCGGCGAAGAAAAGUUCUCGGAGAGCGGCUGGGGAUUUGCAUUUCCAAAAGGAUCGACACUAGCAGCGGAUGUUUCCACCGCGAUUCUCACGCUCGCGGAGACCGGAGAGCUGCAGAGGCUUCACGAGACAUGGCUCCACACGAUCCAGUGCAGCGGAGAGGCGGUGAAAGUCAAGUCGGACGAGAUCAACGUGUACGCCUUCUCGGGGAUGUUUGGACUCGUUGCCGUGGUUGCGGCGGUGGGAGCUCUUGUCCACGCCGCUCGGAGCUCCUGGCAAAACUACAACCUUGCACUGCUGGCUGCUACGCCGCUCCAGUGGCCCUCCCGGUUCGCAAAAGGUUCGCGUUUCAUUCACUCCUGGAGCUCAUACGUCUGGCAAACAGGAAGGCUGAGUUCCAUUGCUAUGACAGAGGGUGAAGGGCAGCACGAAUGAAACUUGUGAGAACUUCGAUC